AGGAAGGCGUGUCUCCCAGGCGGAAGUGGGUGGGCGUGGUUUGUACCCAGGAAGUGCUGUGAGUCCCUGGAAGGCACAGGGAGAGAUGACGAUCCAUAACCUGUACAUAUUUGACAGGAAUGGCAUUUGCCUUCACUACAGUGAAUGGAAUCGAAAGAAACAGGCUGGAAUCUCAAAAGACGAGGAGUACAAGCUCAUGUACGGAAUGCUUUUCUCUAUCCGAUCUUUUGUGAGCAAGAUGAGUCCAGUUGACAUGAAAGAGGGCUUCCUCUCCUUUCAAACCAGCAAGUAUAAGCUACAUUAUUACGAAACACCAAGUGGCUUGAAGAUGAUCAUGAACACAGAUCUUAGUGUGGGGAGCAUUCGAGAGAUCAUGCAUCAGAUCUACAGCACGAUAUAUGUAGAAUACGUUGUGAAAAAUUCUCUCUGUUCUAUGAGCGAACCGAUUCAAAGCGAACUUUUCAAAUCCAAACUGGACUCUUUUAUCAGAAGCCUUCCUUUCUUCUCUGCUCGAGCUGGCUAAAGGAGACAUGGAUUUUACUGCACACUUCAUAUUCAUGCCUCAAUCCACAUUAUUUCCUUAUGUUUCAUUCACAUUCUUCUGACUCACACAGUAAAUAAGAGAAUUCCUAUUGUAUUUCUUUUCUAGGAAGCUCUGGAAACUGCAAGGUUAGUUUAUAAAUAUAUGGACAUUAUCAAAAAAACCUCCCUGUUUAUUACAAUAUCGGAGAUUCUUCA